ACCGAGUCCUGGCUUGAACUUCCUAACCACUGUCACAUUCCAGUGCGGGACCACAGGUACGGGGCUGGUUGAGAGAGAGGUAAAGAGAAAAUGGAUGAUAAAGAGAGAAAGAGGUGAGAGAAGGAGGAGUAAGAGAAAACUGUGAAGGGUGAAGGAAAACAAAAACCCACCAAUGAAGAGAUCAUGAGGGUUCAACACUACUGGCUGCUGUUGUUGUUGGUCAACUGCCGUGAAUGGAUUACAGGUGCUGUGAGUGGCAUUAGUCCAUAUAUAAAGCAUUAUGAGGGCUUGUCAUAUGACACAGAGGAUCUUCACAGGAUGCACUUGAGAGCCAGGAGAGCCACACAACCUCAGGAAUACACACUGCAGCUGGAUUUCACUGCUUUUCAUAGGACUUUCCGCCUGCGUUUGAGACGAAGUGCAGACGCAUUUUCCCAAAAUUUCAUGGUGGUCAGUGAAAAUGGUGCCAUGUCAGCUGAUCUCUCCCACAUAUACUCAGGAAUAUUAGAAGGUGAACAUGGCUCAGCCUGCCAUGGCUCUGUGUUACAGGGUCAGUUUGAGGGAACCAUCCACACAGACAACGGGACUUAUCACAUAGAGCCAGUCCAUAGAUACACCAGCAACCAUACAGAUCACCACUCUAUAAUCUACCAUGAGGAUGACAUGGUCCUGCCACAUAUGAGACCCGGCUCUGCUGGAUUCUGCGGUGUAGAACAUCUAAACAUCCUCGCCCAAAACCUCCGAUCCAAUGAGGAGGCAGCAGCGAGCCGGUCCAGGAGGACAGUCGAUGAGUCGAAGACCAGCUGCCUGCUCCACCUCCAUGCUGACCACCUCUACUUCAAGAGAUUCAAGUCAGUGGAAGCUGUUGUGGCUCAGGUUGCCUCCUACAUGCGAGCUGUAAAUGAUGUCUUUGACAAAGCGGACUUCGAUGGAAUCAAGCUGAUCAACUUCAAAGUCAAAUCCCUCCAUGUGAUGACUGAAGAGGAUAAAAAGGAUCCUCUGUACCCUCUGUUUAUCGGGCCUGAGAAGCUGUUGAGUCUGUACUCUGAGAACAACUGGGGCAACUUCUGUCUGGCCUACCUGCUCACCAACAGGGACUACAGCGGUGUGCUGGGACUCGCUUGGGAGGGCAAGGCUGGUAACUGGGGAGGAAUAUGUUCAAAACAGACCAUCCUGCGUAACGGCCGGACCUCCACCCUGAACACAGGUCUGGUCACGAUUCAGAACUACGGACAGUUCCUGCCUCCUCGACUCGUCCAGCUGACCCUGGCUCACGAACUCGGCCACAGCCUGGGAUCUCCGCACGAUGAGGGCUCUAACUGUGGGGACCUCGGUUCCUCCGGUGGCAAAGGCAGGUACCUGAUGUUCCCUCAGGCCACAGACGAGGUGCGUGAAAACAACGACAAAUUCUCUCACUGCAGCAUCGAACACAUCAGCAAGAUCCUCAAGAUGAAGAAGGACGACUGCUUCGUGGUCAGUGAUCAGCCCAUCUGCGGAAACCAGAUUCUAGAGGGAGAUGAGGAGUGUGACGUCGGUCACAGCGAGACAGACCUCUGCUGCUACAGCGCUAAAGAGCCUGUGGGAGUCCAGUGUCGCCUUAAGCCUGGUAAAGUCUGCAGUCCGAGUCAGGGCCUGUGCUGUGGUCAGAACUGUGAGUUUAAGCCAGCUGGUCAGAUCUGCGAUGAAGAAACAGACUGUCAGAGAAAGAGUGUGUGUUCGGGCCUCUCUCCACGCUGUCCCGAGCCAAGUGCCAAGGAAAACCUCACCGUCUGCAGUCAGGGCACGCGUGUCUGCCUGAACGGGGUCUGUGCUGAGUCUGUAUGUGUGAAGCACCACCUGCAGCAGUGCGACUGUCCAGGAGACUCCGUGAAGGAGAAAUGCCACAUGUGCUGCCAGCAGCCUGAUAAACCAGAGACAUGUGCCAGCACCACUUCCUCCGUGCUGUCUCGUCACUUCGAGAGAAAAGCAUUGCCGCUGGUUGGUGGUGCUCCAUGCUUUGGAAACCGAGGUUACUGCGAUAAAUUCCAGGUGUGUCGUGUGCUGAAUGCAGACGGCCCCAUCGCAAGACUGAAGAACUCCUUUCUCCAUUUUGAUGACUUUGAUGAUGUAGCGGAGUGGAUGAAGGCUCAUUGGUGGGCCAUCCUGCUGGCUAUCCUGACACUGUCUGGAGUGAUGGGCUGCACUGUCUGCCUCUGUGGCCGUACCCUCGACACCAGUGACCUGGAGUAACCUCUGACUUUUCCCUGUCACCUCCGGGAACAUACAACUAUCCUCACCAUGACGCACAAAUUUUCAUUUUUGAUUCAUUUAUCAGGGAUUUUUUUUCAGCUUUGUUCCACAGGUUUUGUUUUCUACAUCAUAGUGCAUCUGUCAUUACUUUUUCUUGUGUUACUUGUCUGUUCACAAGUGGCGAGGGUGCUGUACAAUAUGUUGCAUGUGUUGUGGAAAACGUCUGUGUUGCUGUGGGUCAGUCAGCCUCCUCAGAGGGGCCAUAUACUGUAGCAGUCCACCUACAGUGAUUUACAGUCUGCAUAAAGACCGGUGUGACUCUCCCUUGUUUUGGCCCGCUGUGUCCUUGUUGUUGUCUUUGAACUUGAGCGCUAAUUUCAGCCUUGAUCAACGUCCAGCUUUCCAUCACUAUGACAGUUCAUCAAUCUUAAUAUCGUCACAGGAUGGUGAGGUAACAUUGGUGGUUCUCUUGACAUGGCCUUUGGUCUAAAUGCUGUCAUUUGCAUUCCAUGUUUGAUGUUUAAGUUAAUAAGGGAACAGGAAACAUUUUUAUCAUCUCAAUGAGUAAACAUUUACCAUUUAUAAAGUACAUUUACUCAGAUUGUUUACUUCUUUUGUGCAAUUUCAAGGUACCUGUACUUCACUUUACUUCAGAGGGAAAUUUUGUUUUUGUUUCUCCAGUUUGUAUUUGAAAGCUACAAUUAAGAAUUACUCCUCAUGAAUGGCAAACAAUGUGUAUUAAAACAUACACUUGUCACAUUUCAGAUAUUUGAGUUGAUAGAAGUUCUAUUAAAGAGCAGUUUCUUCUAUGAA